GUCUUUGAAAUGUUUCCGUCUACGUUGAGGAAGAGAGAGAGAGAGAUGGCGGCGGCGAUGCAGUGGUGCAGCUCCAUGACGCGGCGGAUUAUGAUGACGCAGCGUACGUCUGCAGCGCUGACUUGUUCGGCGAGGUAUUCUUCUUCGUUAUCCCCGGCGGCGGCGGCGAUGGAAGUGUGCGGGAGAGGGGAUAGUAAGACGAAGAAAGGGAAAAGGUUCAAAGGAUCGUACGGGAACUCGAGAGGGAAGAAGCAGAAGAUGAUUGAAAGAAUCAAAGACAAGCUCGAACUCCCCAGAUCCACUCCUUGGCCUCUCCCUUUCAAGCUCAUCUGAAGAAUCUCAUCUAUUGUUAAGGUUUUACCGUUUGCUACAAAGAAAAAAAAUGUCGCAGUGAGUUUCCAGUUAUAUAACUGUCUGUACACUUGUUAUUCGUUAUGAAUCAUUGAUCUGUGUUUUUUUUUUUAACU